AUGCCAGCUCUCAAAGCUACCACAGCGCCAAUCUACUUUGGCUCCUUCAUUGUCACACCACAGGUCUUCUACACAACGUCCCUAACCUUCGCCCUGGUAAACCUGAAACCAAUCCUCCCAGGCCACGUCCUAGUCUCACCACGCCGCGUCGUCCCCCGCGUCACAGAUCUCACCCCAGACGAAACAAGCGACCUCUUCCUAACAGUCCGACGCGUGGGUCGGAUGGUCGAGCGCGUAUACGGUGCCACAAGCUUGAACAUCGCCAUUCAGGACGGCGCAGACGCCGGCCAGAGCGUGCCGCAUGUCCAUGCGCAUAUAAUCCCGCGCAAGUCGGCGGAUUUAGAUCAUGCCGGUGGCAUGGAUGCGAUUUAUGACUUGCUAGAUGGGCAGGAGGGGGAUUUGGGGAACGCGUUUAAGAAUGCUGCUCCUACGGAAGAGGGUGACCAGUCUGCGAAUUCGGGGAGGAGAUCUAGGCUCCCGGUUGUGGAUAAUGAGUCGCGCAAGCCUCGCAGUGAAGAUGAAAUGAAGGCUGAGGCUGAUAUUUUGGCGAGGGAAAUGGAGAAUGAGCCUCUUGAUUAA